AUGGACCACACCGCCCUCCUGAUCCUGCUGGGUGUCGCAGCGCACACCUGGGGCCUCCCCGUCCAGAAUGUGUCUGCAGCGCACGAUGCGAUACUUCGGUUCAGAAGACAAAUUUCAGAGGAGCUGUGGGGUCAGAUGGAGAUGAACGCGAUGGACAGAAUCCUGCAGACCAACCGGUUUCUGCGGCGUCUCCCGGGCAUGAGCCUGAGGGAGGGGGACAUCGCGCACUCCACCAUCCGCAGCGCCAUCACCUGCCCCGACAACAGCUGCCUCUGGCCCAAAUCUGUGGACGGCAAUGUCUAUGUGGCCUACAUCAUCUCUCCACAGUACGACAGCAUGGACCGAAUGACCAUAGAGACCGGCAUGCAGGACAUCUCCAGCGGGACGUGUGUGAAGUUUGUGCCCCGCAGCCACGAGGCCGACUACCUGGACAUCCAGCCCAAGGGUGGCUGCUGGUCCUUCCUCGGGGUGGUGGGCGGAGCCCAGCCCGUCUCCCUGGAGACGCCCGGGUGCAUGUGGGCGGGCGUGGCGUCCCACGAGCUCAUGCACGCGCUGGGGUUCGUGCACGAGCAGUCUCGGUCCGACAGGGACCGCUACGUCACCAUCCUGUGGGACAACAUUCUGCAAGAUCAGGUCCACAACUUUAAGAAGUACGUGACCAACAACCUGAACACUGCGUACGACUAUACCUCCAUCAUGCACUACGGGAGGUAUGCCUUCUCUGAAGAUGGCGACCCAACCAUUGUGCCCAAACCAGAUCCGUUUGUUCAGAUUGGCCAGCGGGAUGGACCCAGUGCCCUGGACAUCCAGAAGAUAAAUGCCCUUUACAACUGUAGUCAAAUUUAA